AUGGAAGUACACAAGAGAUACUCGCGCAACGUGAAACUGCACCUGAUCUGGCAGCAAGAGCACCUGCACCUGCUGUGGCCGUAUCUAAACGACAUGGCAGAUCGGUGGGCUUCUAUGCGGGUGGUGGGAAAAGAGUGGCGGGAGACCUCCCUAACCGAACUCGCCGACCCUGAUGGCACACCACCACUGUCAUUCCCAGCACUGCGACAGUUGGAUUUGGAAGGGAGGAACAUUGUGCACGACUCCAACUUGGAUUUUCUCGCGUGCGGACCCGCUGUGCGUGAGCUUAGACUGCGCCUCUGGACCGCACGGGCCAGCGGUGGAGAGGAAAGGAACACACCAAUCGCUCCCUUGCGCAUCUCACUUCCGGUGUCAGCCGUUCUGACGUCGUUGGUGGUGAAAGUUGCGGGAAAGGCGGGGCUGCAUAGCGGCUGCUUGUACGGCGCCCUACAACGAUGCAGCGCGACGCUGGAGGCGAUGGAGAUCACGACCAACAGGACCUUUGGCGAACGGGAACCCAUCGCGAUGCCAAGGCUUCGCAAGCUGUGCGUCCAUAGCGCGGCAUGCUCUCUGCUGCAGGUCUUGCGCAUGGAGAGCCUGAUGACUCUGUGGGUCAACGAGUGGCAGGAGGAGGACAGGGGUCUGGAGCUGCUGAGCGCCGCCUUCGAGGAUGGGAUGAUUGUCGGGAGCACGCUGCGAGAGCUACAGCUGACGAACGUCCACCACGAGGACCGGUCCACCUCCAUGGAGCUGGUCAUCAGCAUCCUAGAAGCGGCUUCCAGUGUCGAGGCCCUGGCGCUUGUAUACCCGGAGUAUGAGGAGCACGUGCCGAGCUGCCUGGACAUUCUGACCGUGCUGUCGCAAACCCGCCACGGUACGAGAAUGCCACGUCUCAGAAGCCUGACGCUUGCUGCCGGCGUUAAUGAUGGCUACGACACCACGGACUGUCUCGAGAGGUUCUUACGCACGAGGGAUCGAGCAGACCUGCACAUCAUUACAGACAUUGAUGAUACUCUCGAGGACCACAUGUGUACGUACACUGUGAUGGGAGAGGGAGUGCUGGAUAGGUAUUAUCUAUCUCGUGACUAA